AUGCCAGCCCAGAGAACAGAGCAAGGCCAAUCCCCUAUCGAUGUAUCUUUCGCUACCGAGCCGAACGACAUCGAAGCGGUUCCCACGCUACUAAAGGAGAUUACACAAUCUUUUGAUAUGUUUACUACUAGCAAUGUAGGCCGAAAAGACUUACUUGCCAAAUGCCGCACCUUGGUUCAAGCCCUGGAGACUCCCCGAGAGACCAUGGUUUAUCAUUGUUGGGCACUGACUGGUGCAAUUGCCGGCCUCAAUUUCGGUGUGGACUCAGGGUUGUGGACACUCAUGGCGCAAAACGGCGACAAGCCACAAAAAGUCGGCGAGUUGGCAGUGAAGCUUGGGAUUGACCAUGUACUUCUGAGUCGUCUGAUGCGACACCUCAGUGCCAUGGGGUAUCUCAUCGAGAUUGGUGUGGACGAGUACAGGUUGACGAAUUACACGAGGGCGAUGAGCAUUCCGGUGAUUGGAAAUGGCUACCUCGCCAUGCUCUCGUGCACAAGUGCAGGUCCCAUGAGGUUUCACGAGUUCUCCCGAAAGCGAGGCUGGGUGAAUCCCACGGAUGCGAAAGACACGGCAAUGAUGUACGCCUACGGAACCAGCAUGGAUACUUUUGCGUGGCAGCAAUCUCUGGGUUAUGGUACACAUUUUAAUGACCACAUGAGCGGCUAUGCCCUUGGUUCUUUGCCUUGGAUGGCCCCUAGUUUCUAUCCAGUGAAAGAGAAACUGAUCGACGGUGCUAAUACUGACCCAGAAGCUCCGUUUCUCGUCGAUAUUGGCGGCAACGUGGGCCAUGACUUGGAGCUAUUUCACAGAUUUUACCCCAGGGUCCCAGGAAAGCUGAUCCUUCAAGAUUUACCCGUGGUCAUAGGCCAAAUUCGGAACUUAGACCCCGCUAUUCUCCGUAUGGAGUACGACUUCCAUACGAAACAGCCCGUCAAUGGCGCCCGAGCAUAUUAUAUGCAUAAUUGUUUGCAUGACUGGCCAGACGAUGUAUGCGAACGCAUCCUUGCGCAAGUCAAAGCUGCCAUGAAGCCCGGAUACAGCAGGCUAUUGAUUCACGAGCAUGUGAUACCGGAGACAGGUGCCUACUGGGAAGCCACAGCACUCGACAUGGUCAUGUUGACACUCCUGUCUGCUCAUGAACGCACCCGCGCAGCUUGGUAUAACCUCAUUGAAACGGGGGCAGGCCUUAAUAUCAAUAAGAUUUGGAGCGGUGGAAAGGGUUCCCAGAGUCUGAUUGAAUGUGAACUGCCAAUUAAUUGA